GCACUGUUUGCUCUGGUUUUGAAGCAUGAAAAGACGUCUAAUCCUUUCCGAUCUGGCCAGCUAGCUACUCGCUACGUAUUUACGACCAGGCAACUGUUAUUAGCCAACUUAGCACAAUUAGUUUGCUGGGACUUUGAAUUUGUCGAACUUGGAGGGGGCAUUUUCGAGAAUUUUCUGAGCGUAGUUUCACACUAACUUAAAGCGCCAUGCACUCUGUACAUAAGUAUCACUACUUGAUUUUCUUUGUUCGCUUGUAAACACGUUGCUUGCAGUCCAGCCGGUGGCGCAGAGCUUUACCCCAAAUCGUUUAUCGUUAAUGUUAGCGCAGCGAAACUUAAGUGUGCCGACAUGUUAUAAGGUUACAGAAACAGUUGGCUGCUGCAGGUUGGUAUGCCAAUGAAUAUGUUGGCCAUCGUGCGCUUUUACGCCAAAAAAAACCUUUACGACUUAUGACUGACCAAGUAAGGUUAGCUGACUAGAAACAAUGUAACCAUCUAUAAUAGCUAUAAAGAUGUUUACGUGUUUUCACCAGCGUGUUCGCUUCAAAGCGACAUUAAAUCAAUCUUACCGAAAGCUCUCUACACAAUUAACAACUGCAACUUCACGUAGGACACAACCUUAGCGAAUUUGGUUCGAUUAUCGAAGUGCCGUUUUCAAAGUUGGCGAUCUACUGGAAUGAAAACUUUGGGAAAUGCUUGCACAUCCUCUGAAUAACAGUGAGUCAGCAGGUCAGGGAAUUACUUAACCGUAUCUCUCUGACUCAAAAUCGCAACUAACUAAACUGUAAUUGUGUAACCCAUACACACACAGGCUGUACAGAGUUUGGUCUCGCAUUUGCCCUCUGAUAAAGGCAGUGAAAUUGAUAAUAGUAUAACUAAAAUGGCAACUAGAUACGAAUAAAACCGCGAACCGAACCACUGUCAGACAUUCAUAUACGGUACAUAAUUUCUUACUGUACAUUAAGCCCUAAUUCAAGCAACGGAUAAUUUGGAUUUAGGUUUCGAAUGACUGGCACAAGACAGUUGAUACCCCCAAGCCAUGAAUUUGGAGAUCCCGCGGACAUCGGUGUUCACCUUCCAGUCCUCGGUGCACUGCGUGCACGUUCUCAGCUGUCUGGACGAACAGAGACGGAAGGAGAUCCUGUGCGAUGUGACCGUUGUGGUGGAAAACAAGAGCUACCGCGCCCACCGAUCUGUUCUGGCAGCAUGCAGCGACUAUUUUCACAGCCGAGUGAGCGGCCAUGCCGGACACGGCCUGGUCAUAACGCUUCCCGAAGAGGUGACAGUGGACGGGUUUGAACCACUGCUCCAGUUUGCCUACACUGCAAAACUGCUCUUCACCAAAGAAAACAUAGUGGAGAUCCACAACUGCGCGGAAAUUUUGGGGUUCCAAAAUUUGGACAAAGCCUGCUUCGACUUCCUCAUCCCAAAGUUCGUCGACCAUGGCAAAAACGUGGCCAGAAUCCGGAGGAAGGUGUGCUGCAAGGCCAAGUGCUGCCAGCGGAGAUCCUGCAAGGCGAACUGCCGCAGCGGUGCUGACGAGGAGGAGCGGGAAGGGGAGCGCGCCGACGCCGAACCGCCGAGCGCCGCCGGGGCGAACGGGAGCGACGGGACGCCGUCCCAGAGUUCCGUGCCUGUAUCGGAAUCGCCCGAGGCCCACGGCCCCGGCUGCCCGGAGGAGCACGCGGAAACGGACUACUCUCAGCUCUGUCCAAAGUACCGCAAGUUCCAGAUGGCUUGUGGGAAGGACCGGUGCUGUUUGGAGGACUGCGGCCCACAGGUGGCGGCUGCCCCUCCGGGCCCGUCCGGCGAGCUGUGCGCUUCUCCCUGCUCGCCGUGCGCCGGCGAUGAAGACAACGGAGCCGCGGACUUGUGUGGCGCAGACCAGCCAGAAACGGGCGGCGUGCCCGAGAAUGAGGCCGCCCCAUUGGCCGGCUGUCUCCCCUGCACACCCGAAAGCUCUACCGCCCUCGGCUUUUUGGCUAGCCCGGAUUUAAGUAGCGGUCCACCUGCGGGCCCCUCCUCGGUCGCCCCCGACUGCUGUCCGGUGGGUCUUGCGGAUGCCGCGGUGGCACUGGAGGGGGACGAGGUUUUGGGGUGUGGUGGAAUCGACGGGACGGUGAGCUUUGACCCGACAGAUUCUGCCCUCUCCGGGCUGGUCGAUGAGGGCGGGGGGGACCGGAGCAGUGUGGAAAGGGAGGUGGCCGAGCACCUGGCCAAGGGCUUCUGGCCCGAUCCCUCCCCCUCGCAGGCCGCCCCGCUCCCCCUGGACCCCGAAGGCCAAUCGGCCCUGGGGAAGGCCGCCGACUUCCACUGGCUGAAACACCUGGACCUCACAGCCAGUACCGGGGACUGCCCCUUCCUGCGUGACCUGGGAGAGGAGGUGCAGCUCCCCGAGUUUGAGGGGGGCGCCCAGCCGGAGAAGAGCCCCUGCAUCUCCUCCGUUAAUUCGGGGGACAACUCGGACUCUGACUCAGAGGGGGACAGCGAGUCCUACAACAGCGAGAGAGCACGAGAGAUGCAGCUGCCCUUCCCGGUGGAGAAGAUCUCGUCUCUGAGCAGGAACGACUUCCAGCACCUGCUGCGGCUGCAGAGUCUGACCCGGGAGCAGCUGGACUUCGUGCACGACGUGCGGCGGCGCAGCAAGAACCGCGUCGCCGCCCAGCGCUGCCGCAAGAGGAAGCUGGAGUGCAUCGUGGGCCUGGAGGGGGAGAUCCACAAACUGAGAAGCGAGCGGGAGAAGCUGACGCAGGAGCAGGCCCAGCUGAAGAGGCGUAAGGUGGAGACGCUGCAGAGCCUGUCGGAGCUCUGCCACAAGGUGUGCAGCGAGGCCACGCUCUCUCCCGACCAGCUGGAGUUCCUGGCCCAGUACUCCUCCCCCGACUGCCCCGCCUCCGUCCUCAUGAGCUCCUCCCCCUCCUCCGCCCUCAGCCUCAGCUUCAGCCUCACCCUCCAGGACCAGGAUCCCGCCUCCGCCGCCGUCUCUGCGGACACCAGUCCCUCAGGGGACCCCUCCCCCUCAGGGGACCCCUCCCCCUUCGCCUCCGCCUCUGCAGACGAGACCCAGACCACCCCCCAGCCUCCCCACCCCUCCGCACCAGCCCUGGCCCCACCCCCGCCCCCUCCACCUCCACCUCCCCUCCUCGGGACCGCCGAAUGCCCCGCCCCAGACCAGAACAGCCCCGCCCCCAUCACUGACAUCUGCCUGGAUGCGAGUGGCCAGUGUCCCGCCAGCGAUGCGUCACCGUCCUCCCCGCCCCUCCCCUUCUUUCUGAACAAGUGACCUAAACGUGCGACGGGUCUGCGCGAUUGCAAACCCUCGCCCCUGAUCGUGCGAGGCGGUGCGUUUCAAUGAUGUGCGUCCAUGCGCACGCACAGUAUGAUCACGAGUCUAACGUAGAAAAUGACCUUCGUCCACUCUUGUGUUACCUGUAUGCAUAUUUUGGGUGCAGGAGACUUUACAUUUUAAUCGCUCUCAUAUAAUCGCAGAAUGAUUAUGGAAUUAUACAUGGCAUUACCGAAAAUACCCUUUUAUAUAGUACACUGGAGUGGUGAACCUUGUUUUUUUGAAAUUCAGAAAGGCACACACAACGUCACUGGGUUUGCUGGCAGAUUUUCUGAUGCCAAAAGUACCGCCUCUUCACAGUGACACUCUCAUACCUGAGUGUUCGGCGUGUCAAGAACUCACCGUCUCCCUCUAUAUCUAAAAUACACUGCCUGAUAUGCAAAUCAUCCAACACAAACUUCAGCAGGAGGAAGAUGUGUGUCACCAGAAGACAAGGAUCAGUGUGUUCAUAACAGUCCACACAUAGUAAUCUGCACUGUCUAUUCACAGAUUAUUCCCUAAAUAAGACAAAUAUUGUGCAUUAAGAUCACUUUAUUGCCAGUUAACACAAGGUACUGUAACUAAAAUUAGUUUUUUCCACGUAUCUCCUAGAUACACACAUAUACAUGGUUCCCCUACUACUUACAAGUAGUAUUUCUAAUAGCAUUUUUAAAACAAAAUUAGAAUAAUACCACAGAUUGUCUAUACAUACCAGAUGGUCAGCUCAUUCUUAAAAUGGAAAGGUAUGUUUGGGCUACUGCCAAACAUAAAAUAGUUCUUAUUUGUUGGUUUGUUUAUUUUUAUAAAUGGGUGCGAUUGAAGGCAGAAUACAACAGCUGUCAUAGCCACUCUUUCAGACCACACUGCAACUUCCUGUUAUGAAUAAGGAAGUACAAAAGAGGAAAGGAAGCUCAGAUGGUGACCAUCUGGUUGGUGUAUCGGACAUAUUCUCUCUUAAGGAAUUUUUUGGUCAUCGAGUUCCCUCUGAUCACUGACCUGGUGGUUCCUUAUUUUCCAUUAAACCUCAACAUAUUGCAAUACAGACGCAUAAUCACUAACCCUGAUUGUCUUAGGUUCACCCUACCAGCCGUUUCUUAAAUCCAGUGUCAGACACAGGUCUGCUUCUGCAGGUUCACUGCCAUGUUCAGUCUGUCAUAGGGGCGCCUAGUAAACUGUUCGAGGAAGAGUUGCAAACGGAGAAUGUACAUAAAGUAUAUGCAUGAACAAUACGUGUGAUAUGAACGUACGUGGUCAUACGGUAUAUCAGGAAUUAUGAAAUUAUAAAAAGAGGUAGCAGGCUUGUGUAAGCGGUGUGCUGACAUUAACAUUACAAAGAUUUUCAGUCACUUUCUGUAAGUGGGUUUCUAGGAACAACAUUUUUCAGAUAACUGGUACACGCAUAAGCAUGGCAUGUCAAAGGCUUCAGAUUGUGAUCUCAGCCCUAAUUUUUGAGGGGCAUUUAUUUUAAAGAAGGAUAUUUUAAUGUUCAUUUCAGGUCUUCCAAAUUUGAAUUCAUCUAUGCUGUUCGGUGUAUGAGUUGUAUGUCUCUACCACUUCAUAAGUAUAUACAAUUUCUAAGAUGACAAAUUGCAAUAUGUUACAAUAUUUAACGUCCCCAGUAUUCAUGCACCAAAUUAUGUGCCCCCCAACCCCCCCCCCCACCCCCAACUCUUCGUGGUGUAUGUUUUACUGGCAGUCUGUUUAUGCUGCAUAUUUAUUCAGCGAUUCAGGUUAAGUACCUUGCUCAAAGGUACAGCUGCAGUGGCACAUCAAUGAUUCAAACCUGCAAGGUGGCGUUAACAAGUGUAGCUUCCUGUUGUCAGGGAAGCAUAUUCUCUUGAGCAUAUUCACUAAUGUACACACUUUUAACAUGCGUAUUUCCAUUCUGCACUCCACACAUCUAAGUGUGCAGUUUACUUAUCUAGUUUCUGAAUUAUGCCACUUUCAUUGGUCAGAAAUAUUUAUCUGCAGCUAAAUAGGACUGUUGCCUAUGCUGCAGUGUGGACUUUCAUAAUCUUUCAAAAGUGUGUUUUCACACACGUUAAUGGUCAAAUGUGGAGUACUGUUGAAUUGCCAUUGAACAUGUCAGCCAGUGUCUGCUACCAUACUGUAUGUUAUUCAGCUGCUCUCUUCUCUAAACAGAGUAUCUUUAAAGAUUUGUGCAAUUUUAUUUUAUUUUUAAAAAUGUUUUCUUGCAAUUAAAGCCAGGAUAUAAAUGUACAUGGUUGCUUUUAACAAAUGUAUAAAUGCUAAAUUUACAUUUUUAAAAAAUGUAAACUACCAUUUCUAAAACAGGGGCAGUGCAGAUGCAGCACAUGGUGUGUGUUCCUUAUGAAUUUUUACUUCAUUUUCACAUCAAUGCGUGGUGUGACUGCCAAUCAGAUUAAAAUGUAGAUACUAUGUUAAUUACACAAUGGUCUCAAUGUCAAUGCCAUGUCUUCCGAUGGUGCACAGGACAAGAACCAUUUGCUUUCAGGAUUAAACUCAUUUGAAAUCUAAAUAAAAUAGACUUAAUAUCAUAGUGUUUUUAAAUAAAUUUUAACCUAUUAAAAAUGCUGAUUGUGAUUGCACAGGGUUUUUAAAGAGAAGAAAAUACUUUUUCUGAGUUAUUUCUCUGAAGCUCCCAGGCCUGUAUAAACGAGUGUGGCGCUUCUGUUUGCUCAUAACGAUUGUACUUUCAUCAGAAUGAAAUUUUCACACCACUGUAUUGUUUUUUUUUUUUUCUUUUUUUUCUUCUUUAUGUGUAAAGGCAUCUUGCGCCUUAGCAGGGAAAAUCAGCAGUAUUCUUUUUUUAAAAUAUAUAUAUAUAACAAAAAUAAUCAAAAUUAUUAAACGUGUUUUUUUAAAUAUAAA